AUGGCGAAGCUAACCCGUAUCGCCAUCCUCGUGCCUCUGGUGCUGGCGCUCGUCAGCUUCGUCCUGACGUCGCUGACGCUCUUUGCCGGCCGCAAGCAGGGCUUCAUGGAAGACUACGACGUCGUCAGGCUCAACACGUCCAUGCUCGGGCACAACUUGAUCGACAAGGUCGCGUCAAAAGACAGCACCGACAGCUCCGGCGGCGCCCUCAGCGGCAUCAAGAACUUUUUGAACAGCGCCAAGGAUGAGGUCAAGGACAAGGUCAACGACAUCACGAACGAAAUUGCCGGCAAGUUGACCAGCAAGUUGGGCGUGUCGCAGUGGUACUCGCUGCACGUCAUGAACUCGUGCGAGGGCAACUGGACCCCGGAUCCGACGGCCCCGGAUCCGUCGCUCGAAGUUACCAAAUGCUCGGGCACGUCGCUGCAGAACCGACUCAACCUCACCGAGCUUCUCGACAGCGAGCUCAAGGUUGGCUCGCUGAAGCUCAGCCUCGGCGACCUCAACUGGCAGGACAGCAUCCAAGACAAGCUCGACAUCAUCAACGACGCGCUGUACGCCAUCUUCAUCGUCUACGUCCUCGCCAUGGGCCUCAGCGGCCUCUCCUUCCUCCUCCACAUCGCCGGCUUCCUCUUGCCCGACAGGACCAUCAUUGUGCUGGUCAACUUUGCCGUCGCCUCGCUCGCCGCCCUGGCCUGCGUCAUCGGCAGCAUCCUCGUCUCCGUCUUGGGAAGCAAGGGCGUCGACAAGCUCAACGAAAAGGGACAAAAUGUUGGCCUGUCCGCCACUCGCGGCAAAAAGUUUUUCAUCCUCAGCUGGAUCGCCACCGUCUUCAUGAUGUUCAUCUCCGUCUUUUGGCUGGUCCAUCUUGUGUUUCAGCGUCGCCAGAAGCGAACGGCGACGAAAUAA